GGUUUUGCGGCUAACUGUUCCACUUACAGGGUCCUCGGCGCUGUAAUUGGGCGCAGGGGUUGAGGGACUCGAGCCCCAUCAAUGAAUUCGUUGGGUUGACAGGCUGGCUUUUGUGGCGCAAUUUUCAAUGUGAGAUCCUCCUCCUUUUCACUCACCAGUUAUUGGAUGCGAUUCCAACCCGGCUCGCGUCUCCCGCAGGAUCGAGUCGAAAAUCUCUAGCUCGCGUCGUCUACCUCGAGGACAGUCGGAACCAACUCUCCGUUCGGGACAGGAUAAGAAGAUGGCAGGCACAAUUUCGGUCCGGCUACGGAGCCGGUCCAAGAAGCAGGGCAUCAAACAGCUGCCCGAGUCGAUCGAACUUCCGCUCAAUGCCAGCGUCGAGGACGCCAAGAAGGCCAUCGCGAAGCAGGCCAAGGUUUCGGACUUCAACCGCCUCGGCCUCUACGACCCCACGACCAACAAGACGCUGAAGGACCGCAAGGCGCUGAUCAAGGACUGCGAAAAUGUCGUGUCGGCCGGGGAGAUGUUGGUCAAGGAUCUCGGCACGCAAAUCGCCUGGCGCACCGUCUUCGUGAUCGAGUACCUCGGGCCCAUCCUGUUCCACGUCCUGUUCGCGGCGGCCCGCCAGUACAUCUACCCUCUGACGGGCACAUACCCCGGUGCCAAGGUCGGGGACAUCCCGGCAAUGACGACGACGCAGUGGGCCUGCUUCGCCCUCUUCCUGCUGCACUUCCUCAAGCGCGAGGUUGAGACGCUCUUCGUCCACAGGUUCGCGGCCAACACGAUGCCGGCCUGGAACCUGUUCCGAAACAGUGCGCUCUACUGGCUGGGCGGCGGCCUCCUGUGCAGCCUCGUCAUAUACGCCCCCGCGGGCUACCAGCUCCUCGGCUUCGUGCCCAUCUUCAACAUCGUCCGUGAGGGCCUGAUGCCGUUGGAUCACCUCGGCAUCGCCAUCUUCACCUACGGCGAGGUUCUCAACGGCGUCGUCCACCUCCACCUAGCGAGCCUGCGCGCCCCGGGGACCACAGGCAAGGGCAUUCCGUCGUGCGUGGGCAGCAGCCUCGUCACCUGUCCCAACUACAUGUUCGAGAUCAUCGCCUGGGUGGGCAUGAUCAUCGUGUCGCGCAGCUGGGCCGUUGCCUUGACCAUCUUUUUUGGAUCCUUGUACAUGCGCAUGUGGUCGCGGGGCAAGGAAAAGGAGUUGAGGCAACUCUUCCCCGACAAGUAUAAGAAGAAGCGCUACACCAUGCUUCCUGGCCUGGUCUAAGCCUUUCUGGCUCAGGUCUGAGGUUUGCCUGGCUGCUGUGUUUCUACACGGGCAUUCUGUAACCCCGCGGUCAUUCCAAAGAGCCAGAUGCCAAUUAGGUUGGCCGCUUUGCCUUGUGAACAUUAAUGGCAAGAAAACGGGUGGCUAGGACGGGCCAACAGAUUUUUAAAGUACACCACUGUUUAUCAAAUGGCUACAACUCUGGAAAAGAAACACACAAGAGGAGGUCGCCUCGCUGACACCCUGGUAUAUCAUUUCUGUUCAUGCAUCAUCAGUCGUGCGAAAAGCAAGGUGGAAUACAAAAAGAAGAUCCGAGUUGUGAUGGAGGCUGGAACACUCAACCCGGCCCAUGCAAAUGGCCUGCCUCAGGUCGGCUUGUCUGCAGCAGCCAUCCUGUCGUAUUCGAAAAGGCUGCCGGUUUCCGCAGGCAGCGGCACCUGACACGGGUCUACUUGGGGAAGGUUGGUCGACGGUAAAGGUGCCUUGGCGUCACCGAGAGCGGGUACUUGAGGGGCACUAGCUGGCACACUCGUCUGGGCUGGUGGCAACACGCCAAUAUCGUUGGCCGCGUGUGCAGACUCCUCAGGAACGGCGUUAGAGGGUGAAGGUACAGCCUGACUUGAGGCAGGUCCUCCGGUGGGAGCAUGUUCGGACCGGAAGCCAGAAGUUGAGGAUUCUCUAGCAGCUUCAUCGUGGAUGAUAAUCUCCGGUUUGUCGUCAGCGCCCGCGCCUUCUGCUGUAGGGCCGCCCCGCUCGCCGCCGGCGUCACUGCCGCAGUCGGAGCUCGCGCCGCAGUCGGAGCAGCAGUCGGAGCACCUGCAGCUGCUGCAGCUCCCCUCCUCGUCGCCGCUGCCGCCGCCUUCCCUGACGAGGCGCAGGGUCUCCUCGACGGUGAGGAAGCGGCGCUCCAUCAUCUCGGUCCAGUUCUGCAGGUGGCCGAGCUCACGCAGCUUCCAGCUUGUGUCCUCGACCACGCGGGCGAUCUGUUGGUUGGUCUGGUGCAGGGCCGCCGUGGCGCGCGCCACGUCGGCCUGCUGCCGCGUGAUGACGCGCUCGCCCGCGUGCAGCGCCUGCGCGCGCGGCACCAGCUCCCGGUCCAGGAUAUUGGCCAUGGA